GCUAAACGCAAGUUGGUGAAAUCGAAGAAGCUUCCUGUAACGCUUCUGCACUGUCACCACCGCCUACAAAACCCCCCUCUCCCCGCUCUCUCUUCUCUCCAACCUUCAAUCAAAACCCUAAUUCUCAAAUUUCUCAAAUCUUUUCAGAGGCUUCUUGGAGGGACGAGAAGCCGAAGAAGAGGCAGAGGAAGAAUCUGUACAGAGGAAUUCGUCAGCGGCCAUGGGGGAAAUGGGCGGCGGAGAUUCGUGACCCGAGAAAGGGGAUCCGCGUUUGGCUUGGGACCUUCAACACCGCGGAGGAAGCCGCUCGAGCUUACGAUAGAGAAGCUCGGAAAAUCCGUGGUAAGAAAGCCAAGGUUAAUUUCCCUAACGAAGAUGAUGAGUAUUCGAUUCAAGCUCGAUGUAAUCCCCCGAAUUUCCAGAACGUGAAUCCUCUGUUACAGAGUCAAUUUAGGGCGAAUUUGUUUAGUGUACCUGAAGUUUCUGAUUAUGGAGGAUUCCGCUGCGAUCUGAAUCAGAUCGGUGAAAUUCCGACUAGAGGUUUCAACGUGAACCUAACUCCGGCGAUCAAUGAGGAACAAUCCGGCUCUGGAUCGGAGAAUUCUUAUCCUCCGCCGGAGGGAUUAGGAUUAGGUUUCAGUCAGAAUCUGAACACCGUGGAGUUAGGUGUGAAGGAGGCGGAGGAAGAGCCGGAGCAGAAGGUCGCCGCCGUUGCCGCGGCGGAGGAAGAGAACGAGGUGCAGAAGCUUUCAGAGGAGCUCAUGGCGUACGAGAACUUCAUGAAGUUUUACCAGAUUCCAUACCUCGACGGCCAGUCGGCGGUGACGAAUCCGGCGGAAGAACAGGUGGUCGGAGAUCUCUGGAGCUUCGACGACGACGACGGCCAUCACGGCUCUGUGUCGUCUUCUGAUUUGUGAUGAUCGGCAAUAACUUCUCUUGAAUUUCUUCGUUGAAAUUCUUGCUCCUCCUCCCUUUAUUUUAAUUGCUGUUUCUUGUUUAAUUUCAGAAUCAGUUGGUGUAAUUUUCAGUUCUGGAACGAUGUCAAUUUGUUGAUAUGAAAUUGUUUUUUGUAUUCUGUUUUCUCAAUAUUUCAGGCCAAGAGAUGGUGUAAAAAUCCAAGCAAAUAUUAUAUUGA